AUGAUCCCGAGAAUACGAAGUUUGUGGUGUCUACAGCUAAUACUUUUCAAUCAGUAAGUUUUUUCGCUACCGGGAACUUGCUUUACAUCAGUUUUUGACUAAAAUAACGUGAUUUUUGGCGAUUUUUGACAAUUUUUCGCAAAAUCAAAGUAUUUUUAUAAAGCCGGAGGGCGAUUUUUUCAUUUCGCUUAUAUCCUUUCCCUCCAGAACCGAUUCCCACCCCUUGCACUGCCUAAAAACCUUUUCCAAUAAUUUUGUGACACUUCGUCCACAAAUCCAAUAAUUCCCUGACAUUCCGCCAAAUUUGAUUACAACCCAGGUUAGCCACAAAAAAAUUUCUGGAGGUCAGCAAAAAACGCAUGAUUCGCAGUGACGUUGCACGCGUAUUGACGGUUCGGUUUUGCAGAGCGCUCUCACUUCCGUCCCGGUCAUUCCAAUUCUCUCCCGGCUUGACACAAGCCGAGACUCUAGAGCGAAACCGGAAUUUGUUGCACGAAGACCGCGAGAAGAUCAUGGCCAAGGUGUUCGACAUCAAGAUCAACGUCACCGAAUAUCCGUUGGCGCGACGGGACGAAAGUGUGGUCGAGGAGCUGCAUGGAGUCAAGGUAUGGAUAAUAUCGUUUGUUUCUUUGUGUUUUUUGGCGUUUAGGGAAGGAAAUGAGAAUCCGCAGCAUGUCAGAAGGGCUGUUUUACUUUUAGUGGGUCGUUUUAGGGCAUACCGAAAGGUUUAUUGGUGUUUUUACAAGUUUUCCAUCCAUCAAGUGUCCAUGGAUAAUAUUUUUGAGAUUUCCUCUGUUUUUUGAUGUCUGGACGAGUUGAACAUAGCACACAUAGUGUAUUUUGAAAAGUGUUAGCUUAUGAUAUUUCCUUCCGGCCAUCACAGAGUUUAUUUGUUCAGUUCUUAUCUGUUUUUAUACAUCAAGGUCCUGAUGGAUAAUAUAAUUAUUUUCUCACACAUAGCCAAACUUUAGAUGUGCAGAUGGCUUGGAAAAGUUUCUUGAUGGCUCUAGCUAUCUUUAUUUAGAUUCAAACCAUGUUACCUAUCCUUUUAUCUUCUCCUUUCAGAUCGCCGAUCCAUACCGAUGGAUGGAAGAUCCGGAUGCUCCAGAAACCCAAAAAUUUGUUGAGGAGCUGAACAAAAUCUCAACACCAUUCCUCCAGGGUUCAAAUGCUCGAGGCAUUUUGAAGGAGAGGUAAGAUUGUUUCUUUUUUAUAUUAUACUUGAGAUUUAGACUAACCAAGCUUUGGGAUUACGAGAAAUUCGGAUCUCAGUCCAAACAAGGAGACUACUACUACUAUUACCACAAUACGGGUCUGCAGAAUCAAAGGUAUGUUUUUUACUGUGUUUUGAUUUGAUUUUUAGAGAAAUUUAUAUUGCACUAGACCAUCAGAUGAAAAUCUCCCAUAAAUCGUUGAAUUUUUAGUGUGCUUUACAAGCAAAAGUCUUACAAAGAGAAGGGAGAGGUCUUCUUGGAUCCUAACACUUGGUCGGAGGACGGGACCGUCGCCAUUCGUCAGACUGCCUGGUCUCGUUGUGGUUCAUUAUUAGCUAUCGGAAUCAGCGAGAAAGGCUCGGAUUGGACGACUGUCAAAGUAAUCGGUCAUUUAAAGUCUUAUGAGUUCAUUUUAGUUCCGUAAGAACACCGGUGAAGAGUUGAGCGACGUGAUUCCCGGGGUGAAGUUCAGUGGUAUCGCCUGGAACAAAGCAGAUGGCGUUUUCUACUCGGUAAGUCAUUUUUAUGUUGUUGGAUUUCGAUUUUUAGAAAUAUCCCAGCUACAAGAGCGCUCAGGAUGGUGUUUCGGUGGAGAAGCACGAGUUUCACUCACUAUAUUAUCAUAAGUUGGGCACCAAUGCUCAAGAUGAUAUCCUGGUCGCGGAGUUCCGCGAAAACCCCGAUAAUAUGGUGUAAGUGGAUCGCUAAGAGGUCUAGUUGGAUAUAUGAAAGUCUAUUUCUUGAUCUGCCAAAAAAUUUAUAUUACUUUAGAUCGGGAAUGGUCUCUUUUGACAAUAAAUUCUUGGUGGUCAGUGUGAGCAAAGGCUGUGACCCGACGAACCAACUCUACAUCUACGAUUUGGAGUCGAUUGGGCAUAAUGUGACCAAGAAAUUGGAGCUGAAGCCGGUGUUCACAAAGUGGGAUGCGAAAUAUGAUGUAAGUCGAUGUUAAAAACUUGAAAUUUUUGGUUUAGUUUGUCCACAACGAAGGCAAUAAAGUCCUGAUUGAGACGAAUAAGGAUGCCCCAAUGUCCAAACUCGUCAGAUUCGACUUGGCUGACCUUGAAAAAGGAGAAUCGGCCUGGCAAAUCGUCCUUGCACACGACGAAAAGAGAAAAUUGAGCUUUGUGGUCCCAGUAGCGAAGGAUAAGCUGGUCGUAGCUUACAUGGAGGACGCUUGUGUAAGUUGAGAUAGGAUUUUGAAGAAAUUGGAGUGAGAUUUUGAUUGGGUUUGGCAAAAAAUAGCAGAUUUUUGUCAUGGAUAAUAUAAUUUUUGUUCGGAAAUGGCAUAAGAAAUGUUUGUAGAGGUUUAGGGAUGAACAAAAAGCAAUUUGUAAGGCUUUAAAGGUCUUUAUGGGUUGGAAAUUGUCAAAAAAUAGAAGAUUUUUGUCAUGGAUAAUAUAAUUCUUGACGAAAAUUUGUUUUGUUGUGUCGUUUAUGGUGUUUUUAGGGCGCGAUUGUUGAACUAGAAGCAAUUUUAGGGGUUAGUCAGGCCAUUUGACUAAAAAUUUUGCCAUGGAUAAUAUAAUUUUUGACGAAAAUUUGCUUUGUUUUGUCGUUUAUGGUGUUUUUAGGGCGCGAUUGUUCAACUAGAAGCAAUUUUAGGGGUUAGUCAGGCCAUUUGAGUAAAAAUUUUUUCAUGGAUAAUAUAAUUUUUGUUCAAAAAUUUUUAUGUUUUUGUAUUUUAGGACUCGCUCUACAUCCAUGACCUCGAAUCCGGCCGUCAGCUCGAGAAAUUUCCCUUGAGUUUGGGCUCGGUGGGCUCAUUGUGGGGCCGAAUCACGCACGACGAGAUCUUCUUCUCCUACGAGUCGUUUGUGGAGCCCGCCGUCAUCUACAGAGUGGACUUUUCGAAGCCGCGAAGCGCCACGGAGGCGCUGGAAUUGGAAGUGAUCCAUCGAACCGAGGUGCCGGGCCUGGACCCCAAGAAAUUUAUCGCCAAACAGGUGUUCUUUUCCAGCAAGGACGGCACCAAAGUCCCCAUGUUUAUUGUCCACCCGAAGAAUUUGACGCUGAACGGAGAGAAUCCGGUGAUUUUGAAUGGAUACGGAGGCUUCAAUAUCGCCGAACAGCCCGCCUUCUCGGUCUCCCGCUGCCUUUUCAUGGAAAUGUUUGGCGCAGCGAUCGCUGUCGCCAACAUCCGCGGCGGCGACGAGUACGGAGAGACCUGGCACGAAGCUGGAAUGAAGGCCAACAAACAAAACGUGUUUGACGACUUUAUCGCCGCCGCCGAAUAUCUGAUCCGUGAGAAGUACACCAACAACAAGAAAUUGGCCAUUCAGGGCGGAUCGAAUGGAGGAUUGUUGAUGGGCGCGGUCUCACAACAACGCCCAGACCUCUUUGGAGCUGUGGUCAAUAGAGUUGGGUAAGAAAAGGGGAUUUGGAAGGAGUUUGGGGGAGUUUUUAUAUUGUAGUAGGUAUCAGAUGGGAGAAUUGAUUUUUUUGUAUGAUGAAUUGGUGGUCAAGGAGGUUUAUGGGUAAUUUAGAGUAGCUCAGUAUAAAUGCAAGGUUUUUUAUGCAAGUUUGUACAGUUUGUCAUAGCUUGAGAUUUACUUUCGGCUGAUAUUGCACUAGGGGUAGUAGUGAAGUAAAUUUUGAUUUUUUGUCGCGUUUAAGCUAAGGUUGGAUAAUUUUUUUGGUGAAUAGUCUAUAACAGAGAUUUGUGAGCAAUUCUAGAGCAGCAGCAGGUUUUUUAGACCUUCAGUUAUGUUGUAGUAGACAUUACUUUUUUUUAGUGUUCUGGACAUGCUCAGAUUCCACAAAUUCAGCAUUGGAAGUGCGUGGUUGCCAGAAUACGGAAAUCCAGAGGAUCCGAAGGACUUUGAAUACAUUUAUAAGUGAGUCUUGGUUUUUGAUUUUAUAUUUUAUAUUGUACUUGGCCAAAAUGUGUUUUUUGGUGAAAAAGCUGGUUUGAGCCGUGUUUUGCGGCAGAAAUAGGAUUGAAUUAGUCUGUCCGGAGUUUUGGCGGAAUUUCUGAUGAGUUAUUACAGAACAGAUUGGGAAAUUUUAACUUUUUUUAGCAUGAAUAAUAUAAUUUUUGUCGAAUUUUUGAGAAAAAGUAAUGUUUUGGUCAUGGAGUAGUGUCUAAAUGGCGUAAAAAUUGUCACAAAUUUUUUUAAAGACCCUAUUUUAUGGUUUCAGAUACUCUCCGCUCCAUAAUAUCCGCCUCCCACCAGGUCAGCAAUGGCCCUCGACGCUGGUCAUGACCGCUGAUCACGACGACCGCGUCGUCCCCGCUCACUCCCUGAAAUACAUUGCUCAGCUCUACUACACCCUCCAGAAGGACUACAAGGACAUCCAGACGAACCCCGUGCUCGCCAGAAUCGACGUAAAAGCGGGCCAUGGCGCCGGGAAGCCCACCGGAAAAGUGAUCGACGAAAUUGUCGAUAUCUACUCAUUCCUCCAACGUGUACUUAAAUUGGACGUUAAUUAG